AUGGCUGGUGCUAUGGCAUCAAGCAGCAGAAAAAGAAUGGCAGUAUCAGGUUUGCCUAGCGAUUGCUGGGAAUUGGUGAUAUCUAAACUCUUGAACGAGAUCGAUAUCGAUAACGUGGAGGAGCGUAAACAUUACUUAGAGACUCUAUCCCUUGUAUCCAAACAACUACUCUCCAUCACAAACACUUUUGUGUAUUCCUUCAAAUUAAUCAAUCCAUCAUCAUCUUUACCCAUCUCUCGCAUCUUCAACCGCUUCCCAAAUCUUACUUCCCUCGACCUCUCCACUUACCGUGGCCGUGCUGACCUCAACGCACUUAUCUCCCGAAUCCCCCCUCCUUCUUUUUCCCGCCUCACAUCCCUCAACCUCUCCAACAACCCCAUUAUCCCUACAUUAGGGUUACGAUCUAUUAUUCUCAAAAACAACAACAACACUAGUACUAGUAGCUUGACCUCUCUCAUUUGUUCCAAUAUUGCUUCUCUCAAAUUUACUGAUAUAACCUUCAUCGCGGAUUCCUUUCCGUUUCUCCAACAUUUGGACAUCAGUUUCCCCGGAGGAAGGGAAGGAAUAUCCGACGAUGACCACCACCCUGAGCCUGAGGACAAGGAUUAUAACAAUGCUCUAAAUCUUCUCGUUCAAAAGCUUUCCCAACUCCGCAGUAUUCAUCUCUCUGCUAAUUUUUACGUUAAGGAUUCAUGGUUUCUUCAACUCUGUAUCAACUGUCAGUUUCUGCAAGAGGUGGUUAUCUCCCAAUGCCCUUUCAUAACACAUGAUAACCCAUACUUCAUUCAUUCACUCACUAGUUUGAAGCGUUUAACUUGUAUUGAUUUGUCCUUUUCUUGCAUCACUAAUUUAUUGCUUAAGUCUAUAGCACGUGCACGCCUUCCUUUGACCAAACUUGUCCUCCAAGGUUGCUAUAAUUAUAACUAUUACGGCAUCCAUUGUCUCUUGUCCAAGUGUCCAUCUCUGCAGCAUCUUGAUCUUCAAGGUGCUAACUUUUUGAAUAAUAAGCUUUUCAAUAAGCUGUGUCUAUUUCUUGCUGGUUUGGUAUCUAUUAACGUCAGUAGCUGUCAGGGGCUCGGCAAUUCAUCCUUCUUUGCACUCCUUAGCAACUGUCCUUUGCUCACAGAGAUCAGAAUGGAGUCAACAAAUAUUGGAAUUGGUCCACCACCGUCUGUGGUUGAUUUGGCUGUAUACCCUCAACUCAAGUCUCUCCAUUUGGCUUGCAAUACACAUUUGCAAGACGAACAAGUCAACACCUUUGGUUUCAUGUUUCCUAGUAUGCAACUUAUUGAUUUGAGCUUUUGCAAGCGCAUAUCUGAUCAAUGUAUUGCUACACUCUUGAAGAGAUGUCGUAAGAUCAGGCAUUUGAAGUUAGCCUGCUUCCCACAAGUUAAGGUAUUUUCGAUCAACUUUGAAGUUUGCGGUUUGGAGGUGCUGAACUUGUCACACUCAAGAAUUGAUGAUAAAGAACUGUAUGAGAUCUCAAAGAUUUGCCCUCGGCUUCUGCAACUGGACCUAGAACAUUGUUAUGAUGUCACUGAGAAGGGAGUGCGGCUAGCCGUAGAAAACUGCACACGCCUCAAAGAGAUUAAUUUGCAAUAUUGUCAUAAAGUGUCUACUGAUAUUGUUUCCUGGAUGAUAUUUUCGAGGCCAUCAUUGAGAAAAAUAACCGCUCCACCUCAUUUUCGUCUCCGUGACUGUGAUAGGAAACUCCUCUCUGAGCGAUGUCUUAUUCUCUAG